GAUCAAGAAAAACCAUCCUCUGAUCAAACCAGGGAGCAGAACUGGACCACCCUCCCCGCCUGCCCACCACCCCGACUGCUGCCCCCUGUCUCUGGAUCGAGUUUAAAUCUCUCGCCCAACCACCCCCCUCCCCUAGACUCUGCGAAAAGGGGCGGUCUGGAAACAUAGUGAGCAGAAUCCUCCGGUGUUUUGCUCUGGUCGGCUGCCGUUAAUGACAUCGCUUGGUGUUCCUGAAAGCAAGCGUCGUGGUGUACUAUUUCCAAGGAGAAAGUAGAUCAACAAAUACCGAUUUUCGUUUUGUAACUUAUCGUUGAAUUUAGGAGCCAGAAUGGGGAAAGUAGAAGGAGGGAUGAAAUGUGUCAAAUAUCUCCUUUUCAUCUUUAACUUCAUUUUCUGGUUAAUUGGCUCGUUGGUGCUCGCUGUUGGUUUGUGGUUGCGGCUGGACCCUGUGACUGUUGCCAUGCUGAACGGAGAUGGAGCGCCAGGGACCUUCUUCUACGGGGUGUACAUCCUGAUUAUGGCGGGCGGUCUGGUGAUGCUGGUGGGAUUCUUCGGCUGUUGUGGGGCCGUCAGGGAGUCUCAAUGUCUUCUGGGCUCGUUCUUUGCCUGCCUGCUGGUCAUCUUUGGAGCAGAGGUUGCUGCUGGUGUGUUUGGCUUCAUCAACAAAGACAAGAUUGUGAAAGAUGUUCAGAACUACUACAUCAAAUCAUACAAUGACGACAGUAACAGCACCAUGAUACACAACUCCUACCACAACGUUCUGAACUGUUGUGGAACCUCUGCUAAACCCUGUAGUGAGUCCCCUGCUGAUACCAAGAACUGUGAGACCGGCAUCGAGGAGUUCUUCAACAAUAAGCUCUACGUCAUAGGCUAUGUGGGGAUCGGUAUCGCUGGAGUCAUGAUCAUAGGGAUGGUCUUCAGCAUGGUGUUGUGUUGUGCCAUUCGAAACAGCAGGGAAGUAAUCUAAUCCAACACAUCUCCUGGCCCGGGAGACUUCCCCCAUCUCUGCACCACCUCCACUUGCAGGCUCACAUCCUGCUCCACCAACCUCCACCUCCUUUUCAUGUCACCUCCACGCACCCAACCAGGUGGACCACAGAGACCACAGACAGGCCAAACAGCCUGUUGAAAAUGCAACGAAUGUGUGUGAUACAUCAGCAAUUGUGUAAAAUAAUAAAUGUUGUAUAAUUACAGGUUUUACACCAAUAGUCUACCCAUAGAGGGGCUAGGCGUAUUCUAAGACUACUGGCUGAUUCUAACACACAGACAGACAGAUACAGAUAUAUACAUACAUGCAUGCAUGCAUGCAUACAUACAUACAUACAUACAUACAUACAUACAUAAAUAGUUUCACAUACUUAUACCCUCCUGUGCCUUGUGAGUUCAAUCCCAGAUACACCACUGGCCCACUGGUUCUGGGUUCAUUUUUUUUGUUUCCACUGGUUGUGGGUUCAUUUAUUUUUGUUCCACUGGUUGUGGGUUCAUUUAUUUUGGUUCCACUGGUUGUGGGUUCAUUUAUUUUUGUUCCACUGGUUCUAGAUGCAUAUGUUUAUUUAAUUUUUUAGUUUUUUUUUCUGAUUGAAAUUGGUUCUGGCUUCCAUUGGUUCUGAUUUAUUCCCAAAGUUAGACGGUGUCCUUAUUGUAAAUGUGGUAUGUAUUUGGUAUAUAACAGCAGGUUGGCAUCAGGGUUAGUUCUUUAAUCGUGCCCUAUCCCCUAGAGUGUACACUACCCCUGCCCAGAGUGGGUACAGGGAGUGUGUUAGUAAAGACCACGGGAUCAUCCCAAAUGACAGCCCUAGUCCCUAUAUGUGGUGGAAAGUAAUGCAUUGUAGACUGAAUAGGGUGUCGUUUGGGAUGUAGUCAGUGAAUGAUCUGUAGUCGUCAUGACAAUGCUGUCCUAAAGCUUGUUCUGUGCCUUUUAUCUUUUUGAUCCAAAAAAAAACAUUAUCGACCAAUCAGUGGCCAGAAGCAGAGUUUCUGCUCUUAGGAAUGCCUACUCUUCUGGCAUCUACUUUCCUGUACAUAAUACCGAAAGGUUCUGAAAAUGGAAAGUUCCAGAAGUCAUAUUGAAAGUUCCAGAAGUCAUACUGAAAGUUCCAGAAGUCAUAUUGAAAGUUCCAGAAGUCAUACUGAAAGUUCCAGA